AUGUCCGCCAUACUACGAGCCAGCAAAGGUCUCUCGACUGGUUCGACUGGUAGCUUCGAUGAAUUGUACGCCCAUCGCCAAAGCCAAUUGUUUCGAGACCUCGAGGUCUUGUUAGAGCUCCCACCAAGCACUUUCCGCUCCCGGCUAUUAGCUCUUCCAAAAGAGUUGCGAGAAAGAAUAUUUGACCAUGUACUGCCAGACGUAACGACCAGUCGACCGGAAUUGCACACAUGCCUAUGGGGUGCAGAUAUGGUGAAUGGAGAGCCCUGGAGACACGAUAUAUUUAGUUACAACACCACAGUACCCACCAGCAUUCGUUUGCGCCCGGAGCUGUUACUCAUUAACAAACAAAUACGAGGAGAAUUGCUAGACGCAUAUUUUCGACAGAGCAGAUUGACUUUGCACGCCGAAUUACGAAAUACCAGGACGAACAACGAUCAGUUCGAAUACUCUCCACAUGUCCUUCAAUUGCCCAUGUUGAAGCACGUCACGCACAUCCGCUUCUAUGUCGAAUGGAAUUAUACUACUUUGAAAAAUGUCAACAAAGACCGACAGCUCAGAGACCUGGUAGCCAUGACCGAUAAUCUUUUGAAGGCCAUGGACAAGAUCAUUACGCCCCUCCAAGCCAUCGAGACCAUUGAGCUCUCUGUGCUCUUUUUCUGGAAAUAUCGGUCUGGCAAAAUGUACAGUCUUUCUAUGCAAGAUCUCUUCGACCUGGAGGACGUCUUCAAGCGCUAUGCGGAGCAGCGCUGGCUCACUCUCCUGCGCAACAACAACUCGUCAGUCUUAUCGCCGAAUUCUUCCGCCGGUGUGGGAUACAAACUCUCGAGCGAAAAGAAGGGUACGGAGCAGAGUGGUGGGAUGGAGAUUUUCGUCAGCCAGGAUCUCGAAGAAGCAAUGGCUGUGUCACGUGAGAACAAUGUUGACUUUUAUGGCAAUUAUGGGAUUUCAGACCCUUUGCCACAACCAAGUUACAGGCAUGGAGCAAUGAUCUGA